UAAUUAAUAUUUUCACCACUGAAAUAACAGCACUGAAGUGGUCUAAGUAAAAUUUAAAGCUGGACUUGUUUUAAGACUAAACUUAAUCUAUAUUCAAGAAAUGCAACUUAGCAUAAACAAGGUGUAAACAUGAAGUUUCUAUAUUCUUUCUUUCCCAUUGAUUGUAAUAAGAUAAAAUGAAAGUAGAUUCAAAAUCGAAUCUUGUUGUGAAAUCAAUAUCAUAUAUCGUUGUCACACCACAUAUACUUGUCAUACUUUCACACAUUUUCUUUUUCUUGACACGUUUCCUUCAGCGGUCAGUUAAAGAUCUGUAGGUAGCAUCACCGCCACCUUUACAUCUCUCUCUCCUCAGCUUCCCUAAUUUGUUGUGAAUUCCGGGCCUUCAUGAUCGUGCCGAGGUUGGUGUGCAAUGCUGUGACUCUUCGUCUUAGCGCCAAAGUCAGAUUCCCCUGGUGUGCACCUACGAUGGCCAGACCAAGCUCAGACUUGGCAGCUUUUCGUAAAGACUUCGCUAAGGCCAAGCACAUAGUGAUCCUCACUGGAGCUGGAGUCAGUGCAGAGAGUGGAGUGCCGACCUUCAGAGGAGCUGGGGGCUACUGGAGAAAGUGGCAGGCUCAGGAUUUGGCCACCCCUGGUGCAUUCGCUCGUGAUCCAUCUCUGGUUUGGGAGUUUUAUCACUAUAGGCGUGAGGUUAUGUCCACUAAGGAGCCGAACCCGGCCCACCUGGCUAUAGCUGAGUGUGAGGCCCGACUCAGCCAGCAGGGGCGCUCUGUGGUCGUCGUUACUCAGAAUAUUGAUGAGCUGCACCGUCGAGCAGGUUCCAAAAACAUGCUGGAGAUCCACGGUAGUCUGUUUAAAACUCGCUGUAUGAGCUGUGGUGAAGUCAAGGCCAACUACAAGAGCCCUAUUUGCCCUGCUCUGGAGGGGAAGGGAGCUCCUGAUCCCAAAGCCAAAGAUGCCAGAAUAGCAAAAGAAGAUCUGCCCAGGUGUGAGGCGCAGGGCUGUGGGGGUCUUCUGAGGCCUCACGUGGUGUGGUUUGGAGAGUCAUUGGAUCCUGAUAUUCUGUCCAGAGUGGAUCAAGAGCUGGAUAAAUGUGAUCUUUGCUUAGUGGUGGGUACCUCCUCGAUAGUUUACCCAGCAGCCAUGUUUGCUCCUCAGGUGGCAGCUAGAGGAGUGCCUGUGGCUGAAUUUAACAUGGAAUGCACACCUGCCACCAUGCGCUUUAUGUAUCAUUUCGAAGGUCCGUGUGGCAGCACUCUGCCUCCUGCCCUGGCACCCCAUGAGAGCGAGGGUGUCUGAGGAAUCUAGAAACCUGAAGCAGCUGGUCCCGCACUUUAUAACAAACAACAGGUCUAUAUGUUGUGUAGAUUGUUCUUUUUUUUUCUUGUCUUUGUCCCUGUACUAGUUCUUGAUUUGGUGUGAAGGCAAAUGUAUUGACAAAAACUAAAUUAAUCAAAAACAUUAAUGAAUUAAAUAUAUUCCUUAUAUAAUGCCUGUUUUUUUUAAUCAUAGUUAUUAUCAGCAAACUUUUGAUAAUAUAUCCAAACAUUUUGUUAAUGUUAAUUAGUUGCCUUGAAUAUGUUCCCACCCCUAAGCUGCAGUACAUCACUUAUUUUUGGGUGAGUGUGUAACAGUGGUGGUGGCAUGGUGCCUUAGUGAUUAGCACUGUUGCCUUGCACCUCCAGGGCCUGGGUUCAGUUCCACGCCAGGUUUGAUUUCCUGUCUCUGUGUGCUUGGUGGGUUUUCUCCAGGUACUCCGGUUUUCUCCCAGAGUCCAGAGACAUGCAGAUAAGGCUAAUUGGCAUUCCCAAAUUGUGUGAAUGAGUGUGUCCUGUAUGUAUGUAUGUGUGUGUGUGUGUGUGUGCCUUGCGAUCGAUUGGCACCCUGUCCAGGGUGUACCACACCUCGUGCACCAAGUCUCCUGGGAUUGGCUCCAGGUCCCCUGCAACCCUAAAUACAGGAUAAAGCGGUAUAGACAAUGAGCGAGUAAGUGUGUGGUAACACUGUUUUCAACCUCAAAAUACAGUAUUCUGUGCAAGUCUGAUAUUUCAUUUUAAUGGAUUUCAGUUAGAAAGUGACUGGGAUCUGACAAUGACUUCAUUUUUGUUGUGUUUGCUCACACUAAGUUCACACAUCUUGUGACAUGAACAAAAACAAUAUCUCCUUCAUGCCAUCUUGGUCACAACAUACAGUGCCAUGAAAAGGUAUUAGCUCCUUCCUUAAUUUUUAUUUAUUUAUUUAUUUUUUUUACAAAUUUAUUACACAAAUAAUUCAGAUCAUCAAAAAAAAAAAUUAUAUUACACAAAGAUAACCUGAGUAAAUACAAAAUGCAGUGUUGAUUUGAUGAACAGUGGCUUUCGUCUUAGCACCUAUCAAUGGAUGCCAUUUUUGCCUAUUUUCUUUCUUCAUCAGUCAGUCAACAUUUAUUUAUAUAGCAAUUUACAGCAACCUAAGUUGAACCAAAGUACUAUACAGCAUUAAAAAAAUAACAAUAAAAUGGUAAUCAGAAAAAAAUUUAGAUGGAAGAAAAAACACAUAAAAUUAUAAGAAAUACAUAAAAU